AUGCCCCGAGAUGAUGAGGACCCAAUCAUCGGCAGUGAUGAUGAGGCGCUGGAAACCGGAGUGCUUGCCCCACCCACCAAUCGGUUUUUCGGUGGCUCAGCCAGCUGGCUAAAACGACCCCGCUCGCUGAUUCUAGAGCCCGCUGUGUUUCUGGUUUUCUUUGGCAGAUUCCUAACAGAUGCCGUCUAUCAAAACCAGAUACUCUACCAAACCUGCGUCACGGUCAUGGAAUAUAAUGCAACCGAGUGCGAGCCAUUUCUCGGUACGGAUCGUGCCUCCGAUGAGGUUAAGAAGAUCGAGGGGCAAGUUCAGGAGUAUGCCUCCACCAUCACGAUGAUAAGCUCGAUGCUCGAGAGCACCGUGCCUGCCAUAGUGAGUCUCUUCCUGGGACCCUGGUCGGAUAAGUUCGGCAGACGGCCCAUCCUGCUGUCCACAUUUACAGGAUACUUCAUCAGUGCCAUUAUUCUGAUAGUUCUUACACAAGUAACGGCGGCCACCAACAUCAGUCCCUGGUGGUUCCUGUUGUCCUCUACGCCAUCGGUGUUCAGUGGGGGCACUUGCGCCCUCAUCACCAUCCUCUACUGCCAUGUUUCCGAUGUGGCCACCGAGGAUAAGCGAGCUAUGAGAAUGGUGACCAUGGAAGCUGCCCUGGGCCUGGGUAUGAUGGCUGGCGGUGUGGCCAGUGGCUACAUCUAUGCCGCCACCGGAGCGUCAACACUUUUCAUCUUGGUGGGCUCCAUCAUCUCCAUAGCGCUAAUCUACGUCUACUUCUUUGUGCCAGAGAGUCUCAAGUCUGAAGAUUUGCAAACUGGGCCCCGCAUUCGCGAGUUCUUCCGUCUGGAUUUGGUGAAGGUUCUUGUGAAGACUUGCAUAAGAAAACGCGAGAAUUACGAUAGAGCUAUUAUCUGGUUUGUCAUGAUGUCGCUGACCUUGUGCGUUUUUGCUAUGGAGGGCGAGUCCACAGUGAACUAUAUGUUCAUGCGGAAGCAGUUCGACUACACUGUUCAGGACUACAGUGUCUUUAAUGCGGCAAGGGUCGUCAUCCAAGUGGUGGGCAGCACCAUCGCCAUGAUCCUUCUGCGUCGUCUUUUGGGGAUGUCCACCAUUAUGAUGACCCUCCUGGCCUUCGCCUGCUGCGUCCUGGAGAGCACGGUCAGGGCCACGGCCGUGUAUGGCAGCGAGAUGUACUUGGCCCUGAUUCUGGGCAUGAUGCGCGGGGUUAUGUCGCCCAUGUGCAAGGCCAUUCUUUCGCACGUCACUCCCAGCUCGGAAUUGGGUAAAAUCUUCUCCCUAACCACCUCGCUGCAGUCCAUCUCACCCCUGGGAGCUGCACCUCUUUAUACGGCCGUUUACCAGGCCACAGUUAACAUUUAUCCCGGCUUCUUCAACUUCAUCAGCGUAGCUCUGUACUUCCUGUGUUACUGCAUGUCGGCAGCGGUCUUUGGCAUUCAAAAAUCCAUGGGCAGCGACAAUGUUUACCAGGCCAUCGGAAGUUGAUCUAUUUAUUAAUUCUUAUAAAAGAACCUAGCCAUUCACAAGCCAGUGUAUCAAGAAGUUUUUAAUUCUUUUAAAAGUAUUAUUACACAUAUUUGUAUAUGUAAAAUGUAAAUAUCUAGCUUUAGGAUAGGUCUUAUAUUUAUACUUCACAACAUUUACCAAAGAACAAGGGCUAAUAAAUUGUACAAAUUGGUCUUUCAUUAAA